UAAAACCUCGCUACGGAUGCACUAUGGUACAUUAUACACACAUCCUCCGGAGAAGCAUCAUCAUGAAAUACUACGUGGUUUUGGCGCUCGUUUCCAUGGCAACCGCUGCGAAAUUGGACCAGGUUUAUUUGCCGCCAAAUGUGGCUUCUGCUAGUGGAGCGGAUGCUGGUCUGCAAACUCCUUUUGGACCAUCUGAAAGUCAAUCAUUCGGAGGGCAAAGUCAAAGUUUUGGUGGGCAGAGUCAAGGAUUUGGUGGGCAAAGUCAAGGAUUAGGUGAGCAAAGUCAACGGUUCGGAGGACAAAGGUUUACGCAAGAAAACCAGGGAAGUUUGAACUUUAAUAGACAAUCAGAGCGAUAUGCAAACCAAGCUGAAAUACUGAAAUUUGAGAAUGAAUUGAACGAAGACGGAUUCAGAUAUGCGUAUGAAACAAGCGAUGGAACUAAGGCAGAACAAGAGGGUCGAGUCAUCCCCGGUGCUCUCCCAGAACAAGGGUCCCUCCUAGUAACUGGCUCAUACUCCUACAUCGGUGAUGAUGGUAAAACAUACACAGUCACGUAUGUAGCUGAUGAGAACGGCUUCCAAGCGACCGGUGACCACCUUCCCACUCCACCACCCGUACCUGAAGCGAUCUUGAAGAGCUUGCAACUUAUUAAGUCUAAUGGUAUUUACAGCAGCCAAAAAAGUAGUUAUGACGCUGAUGCCGGUUACUAAAUAUUUAAUUUAUUAUUAGACUGAUAUUAUAUUAUACAAACAUAAAACUAUUACGCGGGCUGGAACAUUUGCUAUAAAAUUUCACAAGGCGCUUUAUUCUUAAUAUCACUUGAUGUUCCGAAGUAACUAUACCUUUGAUUAAAUUUUAAGUAAAUAGUUUUAUCGGUUGUAUAAUAUAAUACUGAAAUUGUGAUACAUUUUCGAAAAUUACCUAAUUCGUUUACGUUAAUUAACUAUGGUUAGUUGAAAUACAGCUAAAGCAAUGACUUUAUUGAUUAGAUAGACAACGCUUUUGUUGUAUUCCAAUUAAACCACAAGUUUAUAAAACUACAAGUUUUUAUUGUUUUAAAUAAAGUUAAUAAUUAUUGUUA